AUGGAAGAAGAAGAAAAGAUUGUAGAUUUUACAUAUGACAAGAGCAGUGAAAAGAAGAGAAUAGCUAUUCUCACAUCAGGUGGUGAUAGUUGUGGUAUGAAUCCUGCUAUUCGUGCCUUUACUAGAGCUGCUCUCAUUAAAGGUGCUCAAGUAUUUGCUGUUCGUGAAGGUUACAAUGGUUUGGUAACUGAUUCUAUCAUUCCAUUACAUUGGGGUUCUGUUGCUGGUAUUAUUAAUAGAGGAGGAACUAUUAUUGGUACAGCAAGAAGUGUAGAAUUUAGAACAAGAGAAGGUAGAAAGAAAGCAGCAUUUAAUUUGAUCAAGAACAAGAUUAAUAAUCUAUUGGUGAUUGGAGGUGAUGGUAGUUUGACAGGUGCCAAUCUACUUCGAUGUGAAUGGGCUAGUCUUUUGAAAGAGUUGGUUGAAGACAAGGCAAUCGAUGAGGAGACCUUCAAGACACAUGAAACACUUGGCAUCGUUGGUUUGGUUGGUUCUAUCGACAAUGAUAUGUGUGGUACUGAAAUCACAAUCGGUGCUGAUACUGCUUGUCACAGAAUCUUGGAAGCUAUCGAUGCUAUCCUCAGUACAGCUGUUAGUCAUCAAAGAAGUUUUGUCAUUGAAGUUAUGGGUAGAAAUUGUGGUUGGUUAGCAUUAGUUAGUGGAUUAACAACUGGUGCAGAUUAUAUUCUUUUACCAGAAUGUCCACCAGAGGAAGGAUGGGAGAAUGCAAUGGUGGAGAGUUUGGAAAAGGGUAGAUUGUCGGGAAGAAGAUGUAGUUUGGUGAUUGUCGCCGAAGGAUCCAUCGAUAGCAAUGGAAAGCCAAUCUCACCGGGUUAUGUUAGAGAUGUACUCGAGAAAAAGGCUGGUCAUGAUGCUAGAAUCACCAUUCUUGGACAUGUGCAGAGAGGUGGUAUCCCAUCGUUUUGCGAUCGUUAUGUAUCGACUAGAAUGGCUGUUGAAGCAGUCAAUUAUCUCUACAAUGGUAAUAUAUUGGAACCCGUGUUGAUUGGUAUGCACGGUAACCGUGUGGUGCGUGCUCCCUUGAUGGAGGCAGUCAAGGAGACACAGGCAAUCGGCGCAUUGAUCAGAGAAAAGAAGUUUGCCGAUGUUGUCAAGCUCAGAGGUGGUAUCUUUCAAGAGGCACACACUAUAUUCAACAUUUGUGCCAAUUUGAAACGAUCACCAGUCGCCAAGAAGGGGUUCAACGUUGCGAUCCUCCAUAGCGGUGGACCAUCGCCGGGUAUGAAUCCAGCAGUCCGUGCGUUUACAAGACUUGGUAUCGAUCUAGGGUACCGUGUGUUUGGUGUGUUUAACGGGUUCUCGGGUCUGGCCAAGGGUGACUUGCAAGAGUUGACAUGGAUGACUUGUAAUGGGUGGUCGGUGAUGGGUGGUGCCGAGCUGGGCACCAACCGUUCGACCCCUAACGAAUCCAAUAUUGCCGCGAUCAUCAAGACAUUGCAAGACAACAAUAUUGGCGCCAUCUGCAUGUUUGGUGGGUACAAUGGUUAUGUUGGUAUCACCGAGUUGGCCAAGUUCCGUGCCAAAUACUCGUACUUGCAAAAGGUGGCGUUGGUGUGCGCACCAGGUACCAUUGCCAACAACGUGCCAGGCACGGAAACAUCGAUUGGUGCCGACACAUGUCUCAACAACAUCUUGGACGCACUCGACAAGAUCAAGCAGUCGGCUGUCGCCAGUCGCCGUCUGUUUGUAGUCGAGGUGAUGGGUGCCCACUGCGGUUACCUAUGCUCGAUGGCUGCAUUGACUAGUGGUGCCGAACGUGCCUAUACCAUGGAAGAGGGUAUCACCAUCAACACGCUCGUAGACGAUCUCAACAUGUUUGUCGACCGUUUCAAGCGUGAACACAAGAUUGGUCUCAUCAUCAAGAGUGAAAGUGCCUCUGAAACCUACUCUACCAAAUUCAUCUAUGAACUCUUCAAAGAAGAGGGUAAGCACCUGUUUGAUGUACGUGAGUCUAUCCUCGGCCAUCUUCAACAGGGUGGUAUCCCCUCGCCACUCGACCGUCUCAACGCGUCUCGUCUCAUGUACCAUUUCUUCCAACUCCUUCAAACCGAGGUCAUUGACAAUCGCCAAACCGAUCUUUCAGGAUGCAUCGGCUUUAUCAAGGGAAAAAUUGUUUUCACUCCUCUCCAAGAAAUGUCUGAAGGCAUCAACCACAAGUAUCGUCGUCCACAAAAGCAAUGGUGGCUCGAUCUCCUCAAACUCUCUUCUCAAAUUUCAGUGUCUCGCGGUGAAGCCAAAAUCAAUGACAACCUUAGAACUCCAAUUCAUUCGCCAACCAUACAUUCAAAACCAUCUUUGGAAACUGAUAGUUUACUUAAUCCUUUAAAAACUUUAUAA